AAAAUAACGCAAUAGUUCAAGUACCCAUUAUGCCAUUUUGCACUUUGGAUAUUUGGAUUUGGAUACCCACUUUCACAAUCGAAGAACCCUAAACCUAAUCCCCUAAUCAGUUCCAAUUCUCUUCGGUUUUUCGCUGCAUUUCCUCCACAAAAUCGAAUUCAUUGUUCAUUCGUGCACACUAUUAAGAAACACUUUCAAUAUGGGUGAUUGUGAUGACAUAUUAGCCUCUGAGACAGCAGAACAUAUGUUUUCUGCCCAUCCACUUGCUGUAUCACCGCCUCUCUCUAAACCACGUAGGAAUCGGUCCGAUGCUUGGAAUCACUUUACAAUAGAUUCAGAUAUAGCAAAGAAAGCUAAAUGCAAUUAUUGUGGCUCCUUGAUUGGGUAUGAUAAAGGAACAAGUGCUAUGCGAGCUCAUUUUACAAGAUGCAAGGAUAAUCCAAUGAAAAAUGUUAACAAGAGACAAAAAUCAGUUUCAGCCUCAACGGAAAAUGUGGAGGAACAUAUUUGUACUUCUCUUUCAACCCCCAUGUUUGACCAAGAGGCAAUCCAAAAUGUAGUGGUGAAGAUGUUCGUAGCUUUGGAUAUUCCUUUUGAACGCGUGGAGCAUGCAGCUUUUCAAAAUUUUAUGAGUGUUGUGCUACCGAGAUUUAAGGUCCCCUCAAGCACUGAACUAGCUCAUGAUGUUUUGAGACUAUGGGGAACAGAAAAAACAAGGUUGAAAAAGUUUCUUUCUCAACACUGUCAAAGAGUUUGUCUCACCAUUGACACGUGGACUUCUUCCGAAAAGUUUUGUUACAUGUGUCUCACAGCCCAUUUCAUUGACAAAGACUGGAAGAUGCACAAGAAGGUUUUAAAUUUUUCUCAGGUCACAAGCCACAAACGAGAGGUUAUGGCUAAGACUGUGGAGCAAUGCUUAAAUGAAUGGGGGCUAAAUUGUGUGCUUAGUUUGACAAUUAACAAUGACUCACUUAAUGAUGUCGAUAUUCUACAUCUGAAAGACAAGCUUGUGUCUCGGAAUAGUUUAGUUCUGAAUGGAGACUUCAUUCAUAUGCGCUGUUGUGCGUAUUUUUUGAAUUUGAUUGUGAAAGAAAGUUUAAAGGAGAUUGAUGACUCAGUUGUGAGAAUUUGUGCUGCCGUGUGGUACAUAAGAUCUUCUAAUUGGAGAUUUACUAGAUUCAAGGCUUGUGCGGAGCAGCAAAACAUUGAAUAUAAAGGUUUCGCUUGUCUAGAUUUUGAAACGAGAUGGGACUCUAUAUAUUUAAUGUUAGAGGAUGCAUUGAAACACCAUAAGACAUUUGAAAAACUUGAGAUGAAAGAUCAUAAAUAUGUUGAUGAGUUAAAAAAGGGAAAAGGUGUCCCUACAAUUGAAGAUUGGGAAAUUGUACGCUCAAUUCUUCCCUUUUUGAAAUUGUUUUAUGAUGCCACUCUACGCAUCUCUAGUUCCUCUUGUGUGACUAGCAAUAUGUAUAUGUUUGAGGUUCUUGGUAUUGGAAUGGCAAUCAAGAAUAUGUGCAAUUCUGGGGAUAUACGUAUAAGUUUAAUGGCCAAAAACAUGAGACAGAAAUAUGAUAAGUUUUGGGGAAAUGCCAAUAGUCUGAACAUGUUGUUGUUGGUUGGCCUCGUAUUAGAUCCGAGACACAAAGUGAAGUUUGUAAAUUGGUGUGCCAGUAAAAACUAUAAUGGUGAGGAGGCAGAUUAUUUGAUAGAUAAAUUGAAGUCUUGUUUGAACUCACUUUUUGAGGAGUAUAAUGGUGGGUUGGAGGUGUCUCACACUAAGUCUAAAGAAGGUGGUUAUAACGAUCCCUAUGGCUUUAAUAAAUUCUACCAAUCAAGUGGGUGCAAAAAAUCUGAAACCGAAUUAAGUAAGUACUUGGAUGAAGCUUUAGAGAGUGGUGGAGAUUUGGACGUCCUAAACUGGUGGAAGCUAAACUCAAGCCGAUUUCCAAUCAUUGCAAACAUUGCAAGAGAUGUGUUGGCUAUACCUGUCUCCACCAUGACCCCUGAAUUUGCCUUGAGUAUUGCUGGAAGGGUGCUUGAUUCGUAUCAAAGUUCUCUACCACCAAUAACAAUGGAAGCUCUUAUUUGCACCCAAGAUUGGCUUAUGGGAGCAGCAUCACCGUUACUAACAAAUGUGGAAAUUGAGAAUCUAGAGAAAAUUGAGCAAGAACUGACUUCUUCACAUGAUGUUGUUGAGUGAUGAAGUACUUUUUAAUUUAGUAUUAGAUAGUAGACGAGGAUGUCCCCUGGCAAGAUUCUGCUCCAGCUUUUUUCUUGUUUGAGUAACACGUAAUUGCAUAUUGCUAUCAACCAAUGUUGUCAAAUAUCGGCCAUGGCUUAUAUCAGUGGCGGAUUUUUGGAAAACCAAUAUGGCCAUUUUGUGAAAGGAUGUUGGCGCCACAGCGCCAUAUGUUGGCCGGUAUGUUGGAUAUUUGGCUCUCCCCCAUGGUCUGCCAUCGAUAACAUGGCUAUCAAUAAUACAUUAUCUCCUGGAUUUUGUAGUGUUUUAAUGAAGGUAGGUGUGUUUGUCUAUGGAUUCAUUUUUAACUGAGUGAAAGCAAUAUGCCAUUUUGUGAGUUGCUGCUUCAUUGAUGCAACAUGUUUCGCUGGCUGCACAUGCAUUCUAUGUAUCUAUAUGGAAAUUCCUUACUCUAGUAUAAGUUUAGUUAGCUAUUAAUUUUGAAAAAAAAUAGCAUAUUACAGCCUGAUAAGUUGAAACUGACUUAUAUAUGUGAUAACAACUUGUAGUUACUUACACUAUUGAUAUUGUGAAUGUGAUGGAAUGGUGCAGCUUCUCAGUGAAUGAAGCAUAUAAAAUGUAGACCUCCACUUAUAACAGGACCGACAUGUUAGAAUUAACAACAUACUGAAAGGGAGAAAAGAAGGAAAAUAUACAGAUAAUGUUGGAGAUGCAAGCAUGGCUGCUGUUCCAUUUUAUGAUGAAGAUUUGUCCAUCCUCAAUGUGAAUAAUGAUCUUAAUGCCAGGGAAGGAAGAUUUGAAACAUUUUGAUUCAAUUCAAGGGUAAAUCUUCCAAUUAGGAGGAGAGACUGAAUUUUCUAACCACACAAUUGUCUCUAGAAAUUAGGAAAAUCUGAUAAUGUAUGCAAAUGAUGAAUAUUUUUGUUUCCAACAUAUUAAAGUAGGGUCUAACUAUUUGCUACCGA